AUGCAAAACUGGUCAGAAGUGCCAGUGCCACGACGGCUCUUGUCUGCCGAAGCAGGUAGCCUCCGCACGCGUGGACGACGAUUGCGUGAAGCGGAAGUGGCUGGAGCGCCUCCACAGGAGAUUGCAAGGCUCAAGCAACUCGUUUCAGAGGCCUGGCGCGCAUUACCGAAGAGCCGGCGCCAAACAGCGCCAUUUCAUCCCGAAGCCUAUGCUUCCAAGCACUUACACCACUUGAUCCACCAACGGGAAAAGGUAGCCCCAGAGCAUGUCGAGCAGCUGGAAGCUGCAAUUGCAGAAAAAACCAUUGCUGCGAAGCUGCCCGAAAUUCCCAAAAACAUUGAACAUUUUAGAGUCAUGAAGGGGUACAAGAGCCGGCCUGUAAAGCCGCCACACACCACCAAAUUUGGGGGCGCAUCACCUGCCAAGAUUCGUCCUUACAAAUACCCGAACGGUAUAGAUGGGAAAAGCAUGUCUGCCCUGCUUAGGGAGAAGGCAAAGCGGAAAAGCGAGCGUGCAGAUACGUCUGAGGUCGAGGCGAAGAUCGCAGAGCUUGCGAGGCAAAGGGAUCUUCCCAUGCCGACUUCGAAGUCCAUGUAUUACUACCGGCUAGAAAGGCAUGUUGAGGGAAACGAAGCUUUGCAUAAAGACAUAGAAGCAGGUGCCUUAUCACCGCGCACAGCAGAGCUCACAAGAUCCUCCUUCGAUGCCUUGUUUCGGCACAAAGAGAGAACGUCCAAUUCCGAAGAUCUGGCACGCAUUUCAAAGGCUCUGGACGCCAAGGCCAGGUCACAGGGUCUCCCAAGGACACCACCCUCGGCGUCCGCUUGGCGCAUGCAGUUGACAAGAAUGGCUCGCGCCAAAGCUCGAGGCAAAGAGGUCAGACCGUACCGACAGUCGGGCGUGAAUCCCUUGUUCAAGCAGCGGAAAAUCGCCUUCGAUGCAGGUCAGGAUACUUCACAUAUCGAUGCGCGCAUCUUAACGUUAGCUCACGAAAUGGGCCUCACAAGAAGCGAGCCGGGAUCAGCUCCACGCGUGACGAUUCAGAAGCACAGACAGCUUCAAGCAUUGUCGAAUGCAAAGUCUGCUACCAACACCAAUGCGUGACAGUGUCCUCAGCAACGCUGCAUCCACGAACGUUCUCAUUGUACGAGCCGCCUUCAAGAGGACCCUUGCGAGUUGGAUGCGGUCCCAUGUACAGGUUCGACUCCACUCAAGCUCACAAGAAAUCCAUCGAGGAGUGAUCGUCUUGGGAACGGCUCGUUGCCGGGUCUUUCGUCUCACAGGGAGGAUCACGCAGGUCUGCGACACGCGGUAGGAAAUUUUGGCAGGCCUUCAUAAUGAGGACACACGACGCUACUAAGAGUUUUCCGUUGACAUGAUCAUGGCAAAGCUGGAUCACGCGGAUGAAGUUGGCCUUUGAAGCAACGUGCACGUUUGCCACCCAUCUCUCUACCCACAAGUGUGGGACGGCGGGGCGUCGCAUGCUCAUUCGCGGGCUCGGUUGAAUCCCACAGCGCAAUGGGAGCUGACGCUCGUGGAUUGCCGGAUCGAAGGCGCCCGCGGCUACGCCAUUUGCCACUUUGCACCUUCUUUGGCGCAGCUUUUGACCAAGUCCCGCAGCUCUGACCUAGCUUGCCAAAGAGGAAAUCUUGACCCGACCUGGAAACGCGACGGCGAAGGCUCAUGCGGACCGUUGACCAAAAUCAAGGGUGCCCCGCCGCGAUCGAGAGGAGGGGAGGUACGUGAAGUAACAACGUGCAGCCUUCUUGGUACGUGUAGCCAGAAGAAUUUCAUCACGCGGAAGGCAUUCCUGCACGCGUGAGCCAGAUCUCGAUACUGACGCCGAUGCUGGAACUCGUCAGAGAAUGUCUGGACGUAG